AUGGACCCAUCCGAGCAGAGCAAGUAUUUCGGAAUGCCGGGCCAUUGGCGGGUGACUACCCGGGAUGGCAGGCGCUUUGGGCGAACAGUGAAGAUCCCUGAUGAUGAGGGAUCCUUCCUUGGCUCAUUGAAAGGAUCGAAAUCCGAGUCUGCGAUGGAACCCGAUCCUCUCGGCACCCUGCCCAGCAAGGAAGCGGGUGUGGCUGGCAGCAAGGACAGUGGCAAGCCCGGCAGCAAGCCUUCCAGCAAGCCGCCGAGCAAGCCGGGCAGCAAGGAGGUUCCCACGGAAUCCAAAGAGCCGGCGCCAGAUGCUGAAGAGGAAGAAGACCUGGAGAGCGAGCCGGAGCCACCAGAGCCAGAGCCGACUCUGAAAGACAUUCUCGAGGCGGUGCUCGUCGACGAGGGUGCGAACAUCGAGUACGAGUUGGACCCCGUGCCGAUGCUGGCUCAGCGAGAUCCGCACACCGGGGUCAAGUCAAUUUCCCACGAGGAGGGGAUGCUGAUCUUGGUGCUUCCGGGCGGCCAGUCGAACGUAUGCCUCCUCCCGGAUGGUACGCGAAUCAUCAACACUGGCACAGAAGAGGGCAGCGAGGUUACCGUCGAAUCAGAGGGCUCUGCACGUGUCACCUGCUUCGUGAAGGACAGGGCAUACGUGCCCAGCUCUUCCGUGAAGGUCGAAUGCGUUGACGGGACGACUUUCCAGGUUGUCCCACAGAGGCUGAACCUCAAGGCGGAGCUCGUACCUUCGGAUCCUGCCCGUUUCCUGGCCAAGCUCCGGGGCGAACCGGACGAGGACGUGGGCACGGCACCGGACAAGCUGAAUUUGGCUGCAGCCCAGCUGAACAGCAUGAAGGCGCACGAGUUCU